AUGAAGUGGCAGACACUCGUCCUCAGCUUCCUCAGCUCCACCACCCUCGCGGCUCCAGUAUACGUAGAGCCCUCACCUCCCUCUCCCGUCUACACUCUUCGCAUCUCUGGCGGCGGCCCGGACCUAAACAGCCACUACCUCUCCGCCUCGGGCUCCGUCAUCGGCGUCUUCCCCGACGCCCAAAACGAUCCCAUCAAAUUCUACGCCGUGCCCAACAAGUCCACGGGGCUCGUCGAGCUGCACAGCUGGGCCGGCAUUCCCUCUUCGCCCGGCACCCCCGGCACCCCCGGUUUGCCCAACGCCCCAAAGACCGGAGCCAUCGCCUUGGUAGGCAACGCCCGCACGGGGCUGAUGGAGCUGACGAGCGUCGAGGAUCCGGCGGCCGUUUGUGCCGAUGGCGAUGGUGAUGAUAACCUCGAUUGCGAGUGGACGAGCUUUACGCUCAACCAGGGGACGCCGACGGAGGGGAAGCCGGCUAAUACCGUGACGUACGCGGGCCCGGGAGGUUGGGUGGCGUUUAAGAGCGCCGACAACGUUGGAGGAGGGGAGGGGUGGGUUGUUAGGUGGAAGCAACCCCAGGCUACCACCACUCAGGACUUUGUGCCGGUUGAUCUGGUGUAUGAACCCAUCUUCACUAUUGCGGAUACGGCGGAGUAG